UAGAAUCCCAUCUGGUUUUAAAUCAACAAAUGUUCUUAUCUCUUGGCUAGUAUAUAAAUGUGCUAGGUGAUUAGACAAAUAAUACUGGUUCUCUUAGGUAGUUGAGCUUUGGAGGGUUUUAGCGAUGAAGAUGCUAGGCAAGAAUUUUCAAGCCAUUCUCCUGUUUAGCUUUAUUGUUUAUGCAGUCCCAUCUUAUUCUCUUCCGUUGAAAACCCAAGGUAGAUGGCUUGUUGAUGAAAGAACAGGAGAAAGAGUGAAGCUACACUGUGCUAAUUGGCCAGCCCAUGUUUUUCCAAUGUUGGCAGAAGGUCUUGAUAAGCAACCCUUGCCAUUCAUUGCAUCUGAAAUUGUAAAGAACAAUUACAAUUGCAUUCGUUUCACAUUUUCUACACACAUGUUCACUAGAUAUGCAAAUCUUACAAUUGAGGAAUCCUUUGAUCGUCUAAACCUGAAGAAAGCUAAGGCUGGGGUGAUCAAGCACAACCCUUUUGUGCUAAAAAUGACUGUCCCUCAGGCCUAUGAAGCUGUUGUUGAUGCUCUUGGGGCUUUUGGUAUAAUGAUUGAUGCUGAUAACCAUAUAAGCGAGCCAAUUUGGUGCUGCAGCAAUGAUGAUGAAAAUGGCUUCCCAAAUGAUCCCCACUUUGAUCCUGAGGAGUGGAUAGAAGGCCUCAAAUUGGUAGCCCAGCGCUUUAAGGGAAAAAGUCAGCUCAUCAGCAUUGGAUUGCGCAACGAACCCCGCGGCAAGAAUCAAAAUGCAACUCUCUGGUUUGAUCAUUACAUCAUGGAAGCAGCAGCACAGGUUCACCAGGCCAAUCCAGAUGUGCUCGUGAUUGCUUCAGGCUUAAAUUUUGCCACGGACUUGACAUACUUCAAGAAUCAUUCCUUAAAAUCUAAUUUUGAUAAUAAGUUGAUUUUCGAGGGACACUCGUACUCAUGGGGUGGUAAGGGCAAUCCCUGGGUGGAUGGAUCAGUAAAUAAGGCUUGCGCAGAUAAGAUUGGAUCACUAAACAACAAUCUCGGCUUUGUUACUAAUGGUGAGAAUGCAGUUCCUUUAUUUUUUAGUGAAUUUGGUAUCGAUAGGAAACAAUUGCCUGCUGAUGAUGAUAGAUUCUUGAGUUGUUUUUCUACUUGGGCUGCUGAGAAAGACUUGGAUUGGGGCUUGUGGGCUUUGCAAGGAAGUUAUUAUCUUAGACAAAACGUCACUAACAUGGAGGAAUAUUUUGGAGUCCUGGAAAUCGAUUGGGAUCGUGUAAAAAACCCAAAAGUUGAAAGGAGGUUGGGGCUUCUUAAGCAAACACUUCUAGAUCCAAAAUCAACGGUUCCUCUGAACUACAUUAUGUACCAUCCACAAAGUGGUGCUUGUGUAGGUGAAGGGAUGGAUGCUCAGAUUCGUGCAGGCAAUUGCAAGGGCUUGGCUAGGUGGACCCACAAUGGACAUGAAGGUCCCCUUGAGUUGAAGGGAACUGGGCUGUGCCUCAAAGCCAUUGGCGAUGGACUGCCACCAAUCCUAACCCCCGACUGCUCACAAACCACUUGGAAACCAAUCUCCGCCAGCAAACUUCACUUAGCUUCCAAAGAUCACAAGGGAGAAUAUCUGUGCUUACACUUGGAGCCUCCAUUUGCUGGAAAUAUCGUAACCAAGAAGUGCAUCUGCGUUGGAGAUGAUCCUACGUGCAAGGAUAAUCCAACAAGCCAAUGGUUCAAGCUUGUUGAAACAAAUAUUGAGAAUUAGAUUUGGUUUUCUAUUUCUUUAUUUAUCUUCCCUUUCCAUAUGUUUUCUUUUAGGUUAUUGACGUUUUCCUAAUGGAUUACCAAUUGCCAUUAUUGAUUUUUAAUA